AUGGAUUGUCCUCGCUGGUUGUCCAAUGCUGUCAUGGUCCGGAAGACGGAGGAUAAAUGGCGAAUGUGUGUCGAUUUCACCAAUCUUAACAAGGUCUGCCCCAAAGACAGCUUCCCCCUGCCUAGGAUCGACCAGCUUGUUAAUGCCAUUGCAGGGCACGAAUUGCUCAGCUUCAUGGAUGCCUGCUCAGGAUACAACCAGAUUCGCAUGCAUCCAGCUGACCAUGAUAGUACAUCGUUUAUUACUGAUCGGGGUACGUACUGUUAUUAG